AUGUAUAUACUGGAAAAUUAUGAGAGCCGCAAAGAAGAGGUUCAGAAGAGAACGGGAUCGACGUACCAUUAUACGUCAACCAGAAGAACAGCAGAAAAAUCUGCACCCCUCAUUCUCAAAAAGAACAAAAAGCCAUCAUCAGAAGCACUUCAAAUCCCAUCGCCACCAACAAUGGUGACAAAUGUAGAAAAAAGUGAAGAUUUUAGGAACAAAAAGUUUCGGGGAAUAACAGUAGAUUCAUCAACAUCAACACAAUCCGAAGAGGGCAAUGCUAAGCAUAAUGUGCCCGAGCAAGAGACUAAACUCGAUGACAUGGUGCAGAAAGGUACUUUUGUCGCAUGUUGGACACCAUUCUUUCUUGUCUCAUUAUAUCGUCCAAUUUGUGGUUGUACCAUACCACGGCUUCUGGAAACGGUUACGUCUUGGCUAGGUUACCUGAAUUCAGCGCUCAAUCCGAUUAUCUACACUGUCUUCUCGCAAGAUAUGCGUGCCGCCUUCAAGAAAAUUCUGAAGAAAAUCUGUUUACUCAAGGAGAAUUAG